CCAUUCCAUCACCGGUUAAUUAAUUACAUUUUUAUGGCCAAAAAAGAAUGCGAGGGAUUGAUGACUUUUUGCCUCUUGACAACCGUCCUUCGUUACGCUAUUUUAUAUUUCAGUAAGAAAAGAGGUAUAAACAAACAGGAAGAAGACCCCACACGCUUGAGUAUUCUCUGUGCCGCCCCCGCUCCCCAGCCCCCCAGUGUCCCCACGUCUCCUCCUGGCGGCGUCUGUCUCUUUAAGAACCCGAACCUCGGCCUCGAUGGGGCCGAGGGAAGGGGGGGCUCUGGAAGCCGAGGGCGCUCGGUCUCCGAAGCAACGUGCCCUGGUACUGCGGUCUCUUUAAGGAGGCUGGGCUCUGCCCGGAGGAGGCGGAGAAGUCCCGCACCCCGGAUCUCCGGCUUCCGGCAACUCGGCUGGGCACAUACCUACGCGGAGCAACUGAGGCCGGAACCUUCUCGGGACCGGCUGGACGCCAAGGCCCCCCGAGAUGAGAAAACUGAGGCCCCGAGAAGCCCACAGUCACACAGCGAGGAGAAGCAGAAUCGGGAAUCAAACCCAGACCUCUGCAAUUUUUCUUCUUACUAAUUGGGAGAAGACCCACUGGCUGAAUGGCAGCUGUAGAUGACUUGCAGUUUGAAGAUACAGGAGAUAAAAAGAUAAAGGAGAAGUUUUUUACUCUGCUGGAGUAGAUAAAAGUGUAAAAAGGUAAUUACGAUGAAAUGUGAUCAGGUCAUUCCUUCACUGAAACAGUAAGUAUCUCAUGAGUGUGACUAUGAACCAGGCAGUUCUAGUUAUUAGGGCUAGAAGAGUGAGCAGGACAGUUCAGUUCCUUAUGUAGCUUUCAAUCUAGUGGGGGAGACAUUAUUUGGUAAAUGAUCACUUCAAUAUGUAUCCACAAACUAUGAAAGUGCUGGAGGAACAAUUCAUCACUCAUAACCUGGAGCCUGACCUAGACUAGGGAUCGACCAAUGCUUAUUUGUCUUGUAAACACUUACACAGCACUUAGUAUAUAUCAGGCACUGUUUUGCUUUACAAAUAUUAGCUCAUCUAAUCUUUAUGUUAACUUUAUGAAAUAGUUAUUUUAUUCUCCCUGUCUUACCAAUGAGGAAACUGAGGCACAGAAAAAUUAAGUAAUUUGCCUAAAGGUCACAUAGUUAGCAAGUGGUAAAGCAGGGUUUGAACCCAGGCAGCCUGGCUUUCAGCCAGUGCUGAGGAAGAGAUGAGAUGUUUAAAGAAAAAUCCGCCUCCAUCUUCAGCGUACAUCCAGCCUCUAACCACUUCUCAUCACCUCUGCCUCUCACCAUGCUCAAGGUCACCAUCCCCUCUUGUGUGGACUAUAGCCCUUACCUUCCUCUGGUCUUCCUGUUUCCCCCCUUGCCCCCUGCAGUCUGUAUUUUGCAGCCAGUAGUCCUUUAAAACGAAAUCAGAUCAUGUCAUUCCUUCAGAACCUUCCAGUGGCUCCCAUGUCACUAGGUAUGAAAGCCAGAGCCUUUUCUGUGUUGGGAGGCUCUACGUGAUCCAGCCCUCCAUGCCCUCUGAUCUCUCCUGCUGCUCUUGCCCUUUCUCCCUCUGCCCUUCCCACAUGGGCCUGUCACUAUCCCUCCUAGACACCAGGUACACUCACAGCUUAGGGCUUUUGUGUCGUCUUUCUGUUUGGGAAUUCUUUCUCCAGAUAGCCAUGUGGCUUGAUCCCUCAGUCUUCAAAUCUCGGUUCAUUCGAGAGGCCCUCCUUGGUCAUCCUUUCUGAGUACGGUGUGAGAAAGUUCAACAUAGAGAACAGCAUAUGCAAAGCACCUGAGGCGGGAGGAGGUUUGUUUGACUUUUUUUUCCAAGUAAUUGAAGGAAGGCCAAUGUGCCAGAGCACAGAUGGCGGGAGGAGACUAGCACAAGGUGAGGUUAGAGACGAGGCAGGAGCCAAAUCACAGAGGACGUGGUAAAUGGUGUUUAGGAUUUUGCUCUUUAGGAGAGAAUGCAGGAUACCGUGGGGGUCGUGGGAGGCUUUCCCGAGGUAGAUGGUAGUUCCGGUGAGAAAGUGGAGAUCAGGACCCUUCAGGUGGAAGACACUGUGUCAGAAAAGGAACAGAGACCACAGACAGCGCAGGCUAUGCCAGCAUGUAGAAGCAGAGAAUGUUGGUGACGGAAAUAAAGAACACACCAGGCUUGCCCUCAAGGAGCUGAGACGGACACGAAUAACUCAUGUGGAGCAGAACGUGUGGACAGUCAUCCUAUGAGAGAAUUUGGUGAUGCAGCCACUUCAGCAGCGAACCCAGGUACCACUACAAUACACAUCGAGGGCCCUGGUGAGAGCCCGACACACCAACCAGGACUCCCCAGAGGCUCCGGAGGAGAAGAGGAUGAUGAGUUGCUGGGAAACGAUGACUCUGACAAAACUGAGUUACUUGCUGGACAGAAGAAAAGCUCCCCCUUCUGGACAUUUGAAUACUAUCAAACAUUCUUUGAUGUAGACACCUACCAGGUCUUUGACAGAAUAAAAGGGUCUCUUUUGCCAAUACCAGGAAAAAAUUUUGUGAGGCUGUAUAUCCGCAGCAAUCCAGAUCUUUAUGGCCCCUUUUGGAUAUGUGCCACACUGGUCUUUGCCAUAGCAAUUAGUGGGAAUCUUUCCAACUUCUUAAUUCAUCUGGGAGAGAAGACAUACCAUUAUGUACCCGAAUUCCGAAAAGUGUCCAUAGCGGCCACCAUCAUCUAUGCCUAUGCCUGGCUGGUUCCUCUCGCACUCUGGGGUUUCCUCAUGUGGAGAAACAGCAAAGUUAUGAACAUCGUUUCCUAUUCGUUUUUGGAGAUUGUGUGCGUCUAUGGAUAUUCGCUCUUCAUUUAUAUCCCCACAGCAGUACUGUGGAUUAUCCCCCAGAAGGCUGUCCGUUGGAUUCUAGUCAUGAUUGCCCUGGGGAUCUCAGGCUCUGUCUUGGCAAUGACAUUUUGGCCAGCUGUUCGUGAGGAUAACCGGCGCAUCGCGUUGGCCACAAUUGGCACAAUUGUGUUGCUUCACACGCUGCUUUCUGUGGGCUGCUUGGCAUACUUUUUUGAUGCGCCAGAGAUGGACCACCUCCCAACAACUACAGUUGCUCCAAACCAAACAGUUGCAACAGCCAAGUAGCUAAAGAGGAAAUUCUCUUUUCUGUAUUUUGGAGUGGUUCUUUUGGACAUGGCAUCUACUGCAGGAAAGCAGAAUGACCAAGCCAGCAGGAAAACUGAUGGAAUGGCACCACCCUCUGGCAGCUAAAGGUGCCGCCCUGAAGUCUAAUCACCUAAUUUAACAAAAAAUAAUUAAAUGUUGUUCAGUCCAUGUGUCUUUCAGCUCUUCUUUCUCACCUGUCAGUUAUUGUUGGAACUGUACACCGAUUUGGAACAAAAUACAAGGGAACGUGGUAGGUGUGCCUGCCAUUUGCCUCUUGUUGUCCUGUGAUGCCCUUAAUACGUGGAAUGGAUCCAUCCUAACAUCUGAUGACUUUCUUCUGAAUUGUAUACAGAUGUUCCUCUGAGGUGAUACUCUUCUCUCCAAAUGCUUGCUAUCCUAAACUGGCGAAACUGUGUGAACUUUGGUUUGGAUUCAUUGGGAGCCUGAACAUUUGUCUGUGGUGACUUGACACUGGGCAACCGAACCUAAUUGUUGCAAAAUAAAUACCUCAUAGAA